CAAUUAGACAUUUGUUUAGUUUGGCGCGAAAUAUUUGUGUCACAGUGUCAUCAACUAACUUGUGCUGUUUAUCGUGUAAGCUAAUGUUUUUGAUUAAAACAUAAUGGAUUUGAAUAUUAGAAGAAAAUCUACAAAGAUCCCAGUCACGGGAAGUCUAGUAGAGACUUACCCGCAUGAUCUUCAAAUGUAUAAGAUACCGCCUACUGAAGAUAUAACAUUACAAGAGUUUGAAACUUUAGCUUUAGAAAGAGUGACUUUAUUGAGAAGUUUAGCUACAGCAACUACAUUGAAAGGUUUGCGUGUAUACUCAGAAGAAUGGACAGACUACGUUAUUGGUGAACUAAGAAGUCAAGGUCUGAAGUAUUAUGCCAAGCUUUGCGAAAAAUCAUCUUGUGCCACUACUGAAGCUGAUUUACAGGCAAGACGCAAAGACCACAUUGCACACUUCAUUUUACGACUAGCUUACUGCAGAACUGAAGAAUUACGGCGAUGGUUCAUUGCAAGAGAAUUAGAACUAUUCAAGAUGAGAUUUGCAACUAUGAGGGGUGAAGCUGUUGAAACAUUCUUCAAACUAAACAAUCUGUGUUACACGAACAUCAGUGAUGAAGAAAAAAGUGAAAUUAUACAUUUCCUGAGAGAGUCUACUCCACACCCUAACAUUGACAAUAUGAAAUUCUUCAAAGUCAAGUUCUUUGAAGUAUUAGAUCUAGUAAAAAUGAGAAAAGUGUAUUUGAGUGGUGGUUAUGCUUACAUACCUCAUAAAGAUUUCAUAUCUGUGCUCUCUGCACAGUACAGAACUCAAUUGAAACAAAGUUUAGCAGUGGCUUGUCACCACCUUGGAGAAAUUGAACAGGAUGAGCGAUUAGUGUCCCUGUUGAAAGGAUUGCACCAAUCUUAUUCAGGCAAUGAUUACAGUGAUGCUAAAGCUGUUAUACCUAUCGAGACUCUAGACUCAUUGGCUGUAAAAUCAUUCCCACUAUGUAUGCGGCAGCUUCACGAUCAGCUGAGAGCUGCCCACCAUCUCAAACAUGGGGGUAGACUGCAGUAUGGAUUAUUCCUUAAAGGUAUAGGUGUAACACUAGAAGAUUCACUCAGAUUCUGGAGAGAAGAGUUCACAAAAAUAAUGGAGUUGGAUAAAUUUGAGAAACAGUAUGCUUAUAAUGUAAGAUACAACUAUGGAAAAGAGGGUAGUAAGAGGAAUUAUUCUCCAUUCAGUUGUUUGAAGAUUAUUAAUAAUACUGUUGGCCCAGGGGAUUGUCAUGGAUGUCCUUACAGGCAUUGUGAUGUUGGGAUAUUGAAAAAUCGACUGCAAGGUUACGGUUUUGAUGCUCAAGCAAUUGGUGAAAUAAUAGACAUGACAAAAAAAGGACACUUCCAAAUUGCCUGCAGCAAGUACUUUGAUGCUGUGCAUCAUUGUGAUCUGGGGUUGGGCAUAAAUCAUCCUAAUCAGUACUUUGAGGAAAGUCAAAAGAUUGCCAAGGGAGAGAUUAAAGUAGAAAUUAAAAAAGAAGUUCAAAAAGCCCAAUUAAAAAAGGAGCCAAUUGAUGAACUGGAUGAAAUGGAUUUUGAUGAAGCCAUGUAAAACUUCAUAUAAUAUUAUUAGACUAAAAACUUCCUGUUUUUCAAUAGCCUUUCAAAAAUGUAGGUGAAAUAUGCUAGUUAAAGUGUAUUUCAGUACUGAAGCAGGAUGUACUGAUAGCCCUAAACAAACCUGAGUUAUCAGUAGCAUUUUGUUAGUUUGUGAUUGGGAUACAACUGGCUUCCGGUCUUGAAUAAUUCAAAACACAAAUAAAGUUUUUAAAAAGAA